GGAGGCUGCGUGCACCCACCUGCAAGGUUUGUUCUCGCUGGGUGUCCUCCUCUUGCUGUCUUCUUGCACUGCUCUUACUCUCGGGUUCUUCUUGAUUUCCAAAUUAUAGUCGACUAGCAGACAUGGGUCGUCGCAAGUCAAAGAGAAAGCCACCUCCAAAGAGGAAGAAUAUUGAACCACUGGAUACGCAAUUUAAUUGUCCAUUCUGUAAUCACGAAAAGUCAUGUGAAGUUAAAAUGAAUAAACCAAGGCAUGCUGGAAGAGUUUCAUGCCGUGUGUGUCUGGAAGACUUCCAGUGUACUAUUAACUACCUCUCGGAACCUGUUGAUGUUUACAAUGAAUGGAUUGAUGCUUGUGAAACUGCAAACUGAUCGAUUCAGUUUGUGCAAUUUUUUUUAUGUUCAUCUUAAUUAUGAAAUACUGUAGUUGAGUUAUACAAUAGACUUGUUAUAGAAAUAAAGGAAUUACUUGUCAGAUUUUUCGAAU